AUGCAAGCGUCCAUGCCGUUCGAGCGCCUAGCCACGCCCCCAGAAUUAGAUGUUUUUAAAGAUCAAGCAAGUAUCCUUAUGGAUAAAUUUACGGAGAAAAAAUAUCCGAAAAGUAUACUUGAUAGAGCAUAUGAGGAAGUAACCAUACUUGACCAGGAAGAUUUAACCGUGGGACGAAAGAAUAGACUAACUGAAGAAAAAGAUAAAAAGAUGCCCUUGGUAUUUUAUUUUAAUAGUGAUUCCAGAAAAAUCAGGUCUAUAAUUAAUAAACAUUGGCCCUUACUGAAGAAAGAUCAAGAAUUGAAAUUUACCAGAAAGACCUUUUAUUACCUUUAGAGGUGCACCAAAUUUUAAAAGACUCCUAACUUUUAAUCUCCCUAAAAAAGAAGUAGGAACAACGUUUUUAAAUAAUAAGAGUGGUUUUUAUUCAUGUGGAAAGUGCAUGGGCUACAAAUGCAGUAAAAAUAAAACUUUAAAAGGAAUAAGCAAAUUUAAAGCAAGACAAAAGGAUGAGGAAUUUUUUAUAAAAGAUUUUAUUACUUGUUGUAGUAAAAAUUUAGUUUAUUUGCUGAUUUGCCCAUGUGGGUUACAAUAUGUGGGUCGCACAAUACGUCCCCUCCAUAAACGUAUUUAUGAACAUGUGUAUAAUAUAAAACGGGGCUUUGAGCAACAUAGCGUUUCAGCCCAUUUUAAUAAAUACCACAAAAGGGAUCCCAAUGGGUUAAUCUUUCUAGGAAUUCAAAUAGUUAAUAAAUCUUGGAGAGGAGGAGAUCAUAUAAAUGCAAUAGGUAGGGAAGAAAUGAAAUGGGUACAUCGUUUGGGAACCCUAGAGCCGAGAGGUUUAAAUAUAGAAUUUGAUUUGUACAAUUUUUUAAAAUAUAUAUUGAUUUUUUUAAAUAAAAUUUUUUUUUCAAUUUUUUAUUAUGUUUUUUCAGUUUUAGGAUAAUAAUUAUUUUAGAGAUAUCUUUUUAAUCUUGAAUCUUAAAUUAAUAGGACUUUGUUUAUAUUAUAUUUGAUAAUACAUUUUAAACAGAUAUGUGUAUAACAAAUGUGAUCUGUAAAAAAUAUGAGUGUUUAUAUAUGUGAUAAAGAAAAUGCUGUUUAGGUGAUAUGACAUUGGGAAUGAAUACUCAAGUGAAGAUUCUCGUAUGAGUACUAAGAGUUUACAGCUGGUUAUUGUAAGUGCUCCGUUCAUUUUUUAUUCUAUUUCUUUCACUAUAGCACUGGUAUAUUAGUGGCAUUUGCACUUUUGCACUUUUUUGCACUUACAUCAGUGUAUGUAAUAUUAACACACUUGUAAAACAGAGGCUGUGGAUUGAUAUAAGCACUAGAGUGUUUUUAAAGGAAUAUUGCACAUUUUUUGUCUUAAAGACAUAGCGCACCCUUUUUUCUGUAAUAUUAUAGUAAAACAAAACACGCUAAUUUAUCCAUCAUUACAGAGUACUAGCUGGGAAAUAUCUACCAAUUCAUGAGUAGGUUUGCCCUUCUUUUUCUCAUUAUCUUUCUCAAUAUUGCAUGAUCAUCUAAAGAGCAUCGUCAUCACCAUCAUUAAAAUUUUAACAAAUAUAUUGCACCAACAUCCCUCCCCAAAAAAUAUUUGUUCAAAUUUGGAAAGAUUUUAAAAUGUGUUCUAUUCUUAGAUAAAAUUCUAGUUUUAACAUAUAUGUAGCAAAUUCACAACAUCUAAGUUCUAAAAGAGGAAAGCUUUAUGAUUGUAGUAGACCUUCUUUCUUGACUUUAUUGCCGACAUAAAUUACAGUAAUUUGCUCAUAGGAUUUCACCAUGCUCUCUUUUUCCCAUUGGCUGUAAAUCUGCCUAUUAGUAUUGACCUUGGGGUUGACUAACAUUUGUUUUGCUGGGAACAGCAAGAACUGCUUAAUAUGUCCAUGCAUAUAUUUGUAUGAAUGGUGAAAUGAAGACUAGCAUAACACAUUAUUUGGAGAGUACUGCAGCAUAGAAACAGUUAUAAUAUAUUUUAAUAAGAAAUAUCUUGAACAGUACUGGUAGAUCACCUAUUGUUCCUAAAUCAAAGUAUUGCAUUUAACGGUACAAGUUGGUAUACUAAGUUAAGUGAUACAAUUGUGUCUGCAUAACUGGGAACACUGCUAAUUACUGGGACCAGGAGCUCACAUCGGGGAAGGGUGGAAAUUACUGAUUUUAAAAAUAGGUUAACUAGUUAAAGAAUUAUGGGAUCCAAAACUGGGUGCAACUGAUAAUUUACUGUCAGACCUCCAUAAGACCAUCAGAAUACAUCUAAAGUGUCUUCAUGUAUGAUUUUAGAACCCAGAAAUAUAUAUAUAUCAAUAAAUAAUAAUAUACUAUAUAUUUUUAAUUUGUUAAAUCAUCUAAUGAGGACUUUCUUUUACCAUAAAAUUGUCCCUUGCUACUGCAAAUACAUGGAAAAAAUAUAUAAAAUUUAUUUAAACAGUAGGCAUUCUUCCUGCUUUUAAAAAUCUAGAACUAUUUAUAUUUUCUUGUUUGACAAAAGGUUAAAAUAGCUUAAAAAAAAAAAGAGGUGAACAUCUUUCAGUCACAUGCAAUUCUUUGCUUUGAAUAUCAAUUUCUCUGAUAUGUUGCUCCACUUAGUAUAUUUUAUGUCCUUCCUGCAUUUUAGUGCAUUGUUACAGCUCACUGAUUUCAACCUUGUGCCCUACAUGUGUUAGAUAGAAGCUUAUUGAGACAUGUAUAAAUGUGAUGAAAGCUUCCAUUUUUUAUGUUUCUUUUUCUCUCUUGUGGUGUAUUUAGUCAAAAAGAAUGGGAAGGAACUGAUUGUUGAACUGUAGUUCUUAGGCGGCAGUAAGUAAGUCAGGAGAAAUUAAUGGUGCUUAUAAUGUGAGUCUGUGUGUGUAAGGAAAAUAUAAGCAAAGGGGCCAUUUAAUGAGUAGUCCACAGAAUGCAAUACGUACAUAUUUCAGAAAAGAACAUCUUGACAUAAUUAAGAGAGUUCUGCCUUGUUACCUACAGACAGAAAUGGGAUAUGACUGUCUGCCUAGAAUUCAUGCUGCAGAGAAAUGACAAAAAAAAAAAAUCCUUAAUGUGAACACUUUCUAAAAAUGUCCAACGCAGAACAAUAUUUAUUUGGGAAAACUUAAAGGAACACUCAUGAUAAAAAAUAGCCCUAUGAACAGUGAUCCAAACGUUCACAGCACUCUCAUUUAGAUUAAACUGUAAAUUCAACAAUAAAGGUAGAGUUCAGUAUCAAACUUCAGUAUCACUGCUAUCUGAAUGAAUUACACCACCAAUUUCACACACAAAAUGUAUAUGUAAGGCAACCUGUGAUUCUCUAUGAGUUUCCUAUGUAUUUGGAAUAAUUAAUUGACCUAUUACUCAAAAAUCACAAGAAUGGUUUUCCAGAGAAGAUCAUUGUGCAGUUUAUAACAACCACACUUAAAAUUGCUUUUUCAUGUUGUCAGGGCCACACCUAUAAGGGGCCUGUUAGAGCAGUGGGGUCCGCAUAGAGCAGUCCGCAUUGUGUACUCCAGCAAACUGGGCCACUUAAUGAACUUCACUGACAGCCAGCUCUUCUCUUCUGUAAGGCAAUGCUGUGAAUAAGUAAUGUCAGGUCAUAUAUAGGGGGUGUGUAUAUAUAGAAUUGCAUGUGUGUGUAGAUGGGUGUGUGUUUAAUAUUGUAUGUUAUAUUGUAUGUGUGUAGCAGUAAUGUGUGUAUAAUUGAAGAUUAUGCUAGCUUUAGUGUACAGAUUAAUCUUAAUUUUAAUAAUGACAGGAGGCGAGUAUUUUGCAUAAUCUUUCUUUACUAUCUCCAUAGCAGCAAAGAAAAGAGUGACAAAACUUUUAACCAAUCACAACGUAGAAUAGGGUAUAAGAGGUGUGACCUAUGACAUCAUUUCCUCUUUAAAAAUUGCGACAUCACAAGUUCAUAAAUGUAGAAAAUAACAGAACUGAGAAGUCCAUAGAGUAAGAAACUGGAAACUGAAUCAGAAUAAAUCGAACCGGAACAGGUAGAAUGCAGACGAAGGCGUCUCCUUGUCAAACGAUGGUCUACCAAGACCUGAUGAUAAAUCUUCUGAUGCGAUGAUGACGACAUCUUGUAUGGAGACUUUAAUGAUUCCGUGUAGCUUCUGGUUAAGCUGAAACGAGAGUAUAAGGUGCGUUAGAGUCCAGAAGUGAUUGUAUAAAACAAAGGAUGUCUGUCCUGUAAUUCAACUUUAAUAUCGUCUAGUAACAUGAUAAUAAUAAACUAAACGUCCUCCCUUAGUGGUGUUAAAUAAGUAUCCCACCCAGACAAUAUAUAUAUAUAUAUAGCUCUAUAAGCGAAUGUAAAUAAGGCAUUUAAACAAGAGCUACCGCGUCAGGUAUUAUACCAACAUAUGAGAGAGCAAAGAGUAACAGGUAGAAGUGAAAAUGAAAGGGAGGGAAGAACGAAAGAGAACAGGGAGGGAAAAUACUCGCCUCCUGUCAUUAUUAAAAUUAAGAUUAUCUGUACACUAAAGCUAGCAUAAUCUUCAAUUUUAUCACAUGACAGGAGGCUUCGUAUUUUGCAAUUUCAACGCUGUGAAAGAAAAGCAAACGCCGGAUUGUCAAGAGGGCGAAAGUAGAAUGUCCUAAAGGUAGAUUCUCUGGUCCAAUCCGCCGCUCGUAAAAUGUCCGAAAGGGACGCGCCUGCCGCAUAAGCGGAAGAGGCCGCUGCCCCACGAACGGAGUGUGCUCCAAAAGUUUGGUCAAUACCGGCAAGGGAUAGUAGCCAUCUAACCCAUCUGGCCAGUGUAGUAACCGAAACCGGACCAUAAGGGCGGACGUAAGAGAUGAGAAGCUGAUGAGUGGAAGGCUGCCGCAACGUCGCGGUGGCUUCCACGUAUUGACGGAGGGUUGAGACCACGCAGAGUUGAGAGUCAGAAGGGAAGAAAGGGUAGAAAACCGAGUGAGAGUUGGACUUAGUGCGACGUGAGAUCCAAAAGGUGACACCCGCCGGACAGAAGGUAAACGCGUUGGCGUCAAAGGCGCGUACGUCCGCUACCCGUCGAAAGGAAACCAGACAGAGCAGGAGGGUGAAUUUUGCGGUAAGCUGGCAGAGUGAUAGUUUCUCGUUGGGAGGCCAAUUUCGUAAGAAUUGAAGGACCACACCAACGUCCCAAAGUCUAGAAUAUUUAGGUUCCGGGGGGCGCCGUAGGCGCAUGCCGCGGAGAAGUCUGCAGAUGAGCGGGUCCUUACCAACAGGAGUCCCCUGUGUCGGAGUAUGAGCCGCUGAGAUGGCUGACCGUACCACAUUGAUGGAACGGUAUGAUUUUCCGGCAGUGAAAAGUGAAGUCAGGAAAUUCAUGAUGGAGUGAGUAGGUGCAGUAAAGGGAUUGAGGUCCCGUCCCACACACCAACUUGUCCAGGAGUGCCAUGCUGAUAAGUAGCACCUCCUAGUUCCUGGUGCCCAUGAAUCCCAUAGCAGGUCCUUAGUUUCCUGCGAUAAUUCUUCGGUUCUCCAGGAGCCCCGGAAAGAGUCCAGGCCACAAGGGGCAAGCGUUCCUGCAGGACUAGUGGGUGAGGUAGGCCCAAUGGGUUCCUGAGGAUGGUUGGGGCAUCUGGUAGGAGGAGGGGGUCGUUGAUUGAAAGUUCCAGAAGGUCCGGAUACCAUGGCUGGCUCUGCCAGAGCGGCGUGAUGAGAAUUAUUCUCACUCCCUGUAGACGGAUCCGGUGAAGGACCCUCGUUAUCAUUGCGAAAGGAGGGAAUGCGUAGGCACCGUCCCUUGGCCAUUGUUGGAGAAAAGCGUCCGUUGCGAGGCUCUCCGGGUCUGGGAGCCAGCUGAAGAAAACGUCUGUCUGUCGAUUGUUGCGGGACGCGAAAAGGUCUAUGUAGAGAGGUCCCCUCUGUUCAUCCAGUAGUGCGAGAAUGUGAGGGUCUAGCUGCCAAUCGCUGGCGUCCCGCCAGUGGCGUGAGUACCAAUCCGCCGUCGUAUUGGAGUCUCCUGGUAAGUGCUCUGCCAACAAGGUGAUGUUGCGUGGUAGGCAGUAGUCGAAGAUCUCUUUCGUGAGAUCCGCCAGUGUUCGAGAACGAGUGCCUCCAAGGCGGUUGAUGUAUCUGACCGCUGAGACGUUGUCCAUGCGGAGUAGGAUGCAGCAGUUGGAUCGGUCCUUUGCCAGGCUGCGAAUGGCGAAGGACCCGGCCAAGAGUUCCAGGCAAUUUAUGUGCAUCGAGAGCUCUUCGGAAGUCCAGACUCCUCCUGUGGACGUGGUUCCGUCUGUUGCUCCCCAGCCUGAACGACUGGCAUCCGAUUCCAGCACGAAGUCUGGCUGGUUCCCGAAUAUGGCCCUGCCAUUCCAAGCUUGCAUGCAUUUCAGCCACCAGUGUAGUUCUUCCCGAACUUCGACCGACAUAGGAACCGGUUGGUCGUAUGUCGGUUGUCUGCGAAGGAAACUUGCCUUGAGGCGUUGCAUGGCCCUGUAGUGCAGGGGCCCGGGAAAAAUGGCCUGGAUGGAUGCGGAGAGAAGGCCUACGAUCCGUGCCAGUAAUCGUAGGGGUAUGGUAGUCCGACGAAGGAUUUUCCGGAUCUCCCUGCGGAUUGCCGUAAUUUUGGUAGCCGGGAGGUGGAGAGUGCAUGAUGUGGAGUCUAUUACGAAUCCGAGGAAUUGAACUGAUCGAGCCGGGGUCAAUGCGGACUUGGGACGGUUGACAACGAAACCCAGAGAGUCCAAAAGGUGUAGUGUGUAUUCAGUGUGUCUCCGCAGAGUCUCUGCAUCCUCGUCGAAGAUCAGGAUAUCGUCGAGGUAGAUGAUGCAUCUUAUGCCUUGGGAUAUGAUUUUCGCCACUACCGGCUUGAUAAUCUUGGUAAAGCACCACGGGGCCGAGCUGAGGCCAAACGGGGACAGGUGAACUGCCAGAAGAAGCGGAGGUAG